AUGGUUUCUGAAGAAGUUCUUGAAUUAAAAAAGAAAUUUCCCGAUGUUGAUGAAUUUCUUCUUGAAAAGUGGGAAAGAAUUUUUACACUUUUUUUUGAUAGAAAUCAUUCACACUCUGUAGAUCACAAUGAUUUUUAUCUUGUUAUUAGGCAAAUUAGAGAUAUCUAUGGUGCUGAGUCUGUCCAAAUGGAGUAUGCUCGCAAUACAAUGGAAGCACUUUUUACAGGACUUUGUGAAAUUGCAGAUAAAAACAAUGAUAAAUUAGUAUCAAUUGAUGAAUGGAUUACUUUAUUAAGAAAUGCUUACAAAAAGUCAAAUGAACCAUUACCAAAAUGGUUUGAUAAUUAUCAACAUUUUAUGUUCAAAUUGUUUGAUGUAUCUGCUGAUGGUGUCCUUGAUUUAGCUGAGUACACUGAUGGAAUGUGUGCAUAUGGAUUCAAAUAUCAAGAUUGUCAUAAAGCAUUUGAAGCAUUUGCUAAAAAUGAAAAAGGAGAAGCACUUCAUACAAUUGAUCCAGCACGUUGGAAAAAAUAUUUUACUCAACUUUUUUUUAGUACUGAUAAAUCUGUACUUGGAAAUCAUUUAUUUGGAUUACAAAUUGCAUAA